CGGGAACGGCGGGAUCGGGGCUUUGGGGCGUCCCCUGGGCCCCCCCCCCAGAUCCCUGAAUAAUACCCCUGAGGGUUUUAUUGGGGAGUUUCCUCCCCCCCACCCCCUCCGGGAAUCAGAAAUGGUUGGAAUUACACAAUGACGGGAUAGUGAUAGAGGGAUUGGGGGGCAGCGGGAUCGGGGUUCUGGGGUGGCCCCUGUGCCCCCCAGAUUCUCCCUCAUGAGGGCCUGGGGAUGCAUUUCUGCCCCCUCCCCCUCCUCGCCAUCCCUAUAAUUAAAAAUGGUUGGAAUUGCACAGCGAGGCUGGAGGGUUCAACAGUGGCAUGGAGGGAUUUUGGGAUCAGGCCCUCACGUCUGGAGGCACCACAGGCAGCUCCUCGCCCCGGCGCCGCCAUGGACUGGUUCCACUGCAGUCGCUGCUUCCGCCAGGAUGGCGCCCGGUUCGCCAUCACCAACUGCGGCCACAUCCUGUGCGAGGGCUGUGGGGGCACAGGUCCCUGCCCAGUCUGUGGCACCACCUGCCGCUACCUGCCCCUGUCCGAUCAGAUGCGCCCACAGGAGAAGGUUUUCUUCAAGAACCCGGUGGCCCUCGCCCUCAAGCACCUUGCCCACAUCACGCAGGUGUGGCGGUUCCAGACAGCACAGAUGCAGCUUCUGCUGGACUUGCACCGGGACAGAACUCGGCGGGUGCAGGCAGAGCUGGAGAAGGCCAGAGAGGAGCUGGGGGAGAGGAGGAGGGAGCUGGAGUCACUUCGCCGGGAGAAUGAGGAGCUGCGCCGCAUGCAGCUCUCCCCAGGCUGGCGCUGGAGCAGCCGCAGCAGCACCCCCCGUCCCUCCCCCACACAUUCAGCCCCGCCGGCAGCUCAGCAGUCAAGUGGUCAGCCGCUUGGCCCCACUGGAGCCCCCCCAGUCCCGCAGCACUCCAGGAUGGCAGGCUGGUGUAGCCUACAGAAAUUCAGGGACCUCUCUGGCCUCCAGUGUGGUGCCCCCCCUGGCUGGGACAAGCGAGGGACAGGGCUCUGCUCUGCGGCUGGCGAGGGGCGGGCGCUCCCAGUGGGAUCUCAACCCACGGCCAUAAAGGACAGAGACCUCUGGCGGGCUCCGAGGCUCCUGGACAGGAGCUCCGGGGCUUCUCUGGAGGUGGCUGGGGCAGAAGAAGUUAAAAAGGAAUAA